CAGUUGAGCUUCCCAUGGAAGUUGACUUGUUUGCUGAUUUAACUCUUCAACCACUCACUUUUCUGACCAUUUGGUCCGAAUUUGUGAUUAUUGGGUUUAUUUUUAAAAGUUGAGAAUUUUGACAUCGUCACGAUUGUUGAAGGAUUUCUGUGAUAAUGUGAUAAGGACAUUUUAAAUUGGUAUUUUGUUGAAGUUUUUAGUGUUCUAAAAAUAAUUUUGAAUUCUUUAAAUGAGAUUCUUGAUAGUGAUUUAUUGACAAUUGAGGUGUUGCUCGUGGGUGUAUAUCUUCAGUGGAAUGACCUAAAGUUUUAAAUGGAUUAUCCAGGAGAAUAAAAUGAUAUUUAUUGAUGAUAUUUAUGGGGUAUAAUAUUUUGGGGCAAGUUUAAUACAAAAAAAAAGAGAGGGGUCUUUGAGUUUAAAAAAGAAGUGAAUUGAAACAGGUUUCCAAAAGCAAUUCAUCCACGGGAUUGAAAUAAAAGUGUGAAAAUAAGAAGGAAAGAGAAGACUUUUUUAAACACUUUGUUGAAGAAUCUUCAGUUUUUUUUUGGUACUGUGUGAGGCACAUCUAUAAUAUUUGAUGGUUUUUAGAAGAGAAAGAAGGAGUGUUGUAUAUGCUUUUGGACCAUAGAGAACGAUCUUUGUGAGAAAACGAUCUCUUCGAAAAAAGAGCGAGACCUUUUACGAGAAAAAUCUCCGUAUAGUGCGCAAACAUUUGUGAAACCCAGACAUGGCGCCAAAAUCGAGAAAGAAGAAGGCACAUGCUAAAGCUCUGCAGUGCUACUGCGAGGGACACUGUCCGGACCUGAAGAGCAAUGGAACAUGUGAAGCUCGUCCUGGAGGAUCCUGUUUUAGCGUUGUCAAGAGCUACAGAGAUGAAAAUCAUGAAUUGGUCUCCGAAUUUGCCUUUGGAUGCAUGUCACCGGAACAGAGUGGUGGACUCCUUCAGUGCAAAGUUGCAACUGCUGCUCACUUGCAUGGCACAAAUAUUCUGUGUUGUGACGAUGAGGAUUUCUGCAAUAGAGAUCUCAUUCCUGAAGAUACACCAAGGACCACAGAACCGCCCAUUGAUGUGCCAAGUGGCACGCAAAUUCCUGUGUACACAAUUGCCAUCUUGAUUGGGUCAUUUAUUGUCCUUUUGCUGGCCAUUUUGUUGUUGGCUCUGUGUGUGCUGCACAGAAGGAGGGACAGAAGGAGGAAGAAGCAUUGCCUGGUGGAAUCUUCCUAUGGCAAUCAGAUUUCUCCGCAUAUUUCGGAUUUGGUGGUGGAUCAGAGUUCGGGAUCAGGAAGUGGAUUGCCGUUGUUGGUGCAACGGACAAUUGCCAAACAGGUGCAGAUGUUGCACAGUGUGGGCAAGGGGAGGUAUGGGGAGGUGUGGUUGGCCAAAUGGAGGGAUGAGAGGGUGGCGGUGAAGGUAUUUUUUACCACGGAAGAAGCAUCGUGGUUCCGUGAAACGGAAAUUUAUCAGACAGUUUUGAUGCGUCAUGAGAAUAUUUUGGGAUUUAUUGCGGCUGAUAUCAAGGGAACGGGUAGUUGGACACAGAUGCUCCUGAUAACGGACUAUCAUGAAAUGGGGAGUUUGCAUGAUUUUCUGCAGAGGAAGGUGCUAAAUACGGAAAUGGUGAGAAAUUUGGCAUUGUCACUGGCAUCGGGAAUUGCACAUUUGCAUACGCAUAUCCUGGGAACGCCAGGGAAGCCAGCAAUUGCCCAUCGGGAUAUCAAGAGUAAGAAUAUCCUGGUGAAGAGGAAUGGGCAGUGCGCAAUAGCUGAUUUUGGUCUGGCUGUGAUGUACAACAGUGAAUUGGAUGAGAUUUGCAUUGCCAAGAAUACGAGGGUGGGAACGAGGCGGUAUAUGGCUCCGGAAGUGCUCAAUCAAACGCUCAAUUCGGCCCAAUUUGAGGCAUUCAAAAUGGCCGAUAUGUACAGUGUGGGAUUGGUGUUCUGGGAGAUGGCCAGGAGGUGCAUUACCACCAUUAAAGGCACUAAGAAUACCACCUGCGAAGACUAUGCCCUGCCCUAUCAUGAUGUUGUGCCAAAUGAUCCCAGUUUCGAGGAUAUGCACGCGGUGGUUUGUGUAAAGGCCAUCAGGCCACCGGUGCCAGCUCGUUGGCAGGAUGAGGAGAUCCUCAGUGUCCUGGCGAAGAUUAUGCAAGAAUGCUGGCAUCCCAAUCCGGCUGUCAGGCUGACGGCGUUGCGCGUGAAGAAGACACUUUGCAAACUCGAGGAGGAUUUCAGUAGCAUCAAAAAGCCUGAUCAUCAGUUCUUCGUAUAGUAAACAGGCGUAUUAUUGCAGCAGAUCUUCCUGCAUGUGUUUCAUCCUCCCAAAUCUUCCGGGAGAUUUACAUCGAAACUUCAUCAAUCGUCCCGGAUGCAUUUUAUUUUGUGAUUUUUUUCUGAAUUUGUGUGCCAGAAGAGACAUUACAAUUUUUCUGCAGCAAAAACAAAAAUCACAAAAUUAUCCACGUACUGAUCGUCUUAAACAAAAUGAAAAAAAAUGCUGUAAACCUCCUCCUCGCUUCAAUAUUGUACAAAUAAUUUAACAUCCAACACAACCCCCUUAAGUUUUCUCGAAAAUUGAGGAAAAACAAUUUGUAUGGUUUUAUUUAAGGAUAAUAUUUUAACUUUUAGAAACAUUUAAUUUUAAUUGUAAUUUUUAUUUUUUUUUUACCCCAAGCGAUUCCCACGGAUCGUGGAGAAAAUUAACAAAAGUAUAAUAGAAAAUAAGUUUUAUGAGAAUUUUAUUGAGGGAUUUUCUUUAAUAAAAAAUAAAAUUGUUUUAAGAAGAGAAGAAAAAUUGUUAAGAUAAUAUUUGUACAGAAAAAAAUUGUUUUUGGGUGCUUCAAGUGUAGAUUUCAAGAGUUUUCUUCUCCAUAAAAAAAAUUAUUUAGCAAUUUCCUCGGAAGUAUGUAGAAGUUUUUCUUUAAAAGGCAUUUUUUACUCUAAAAAAAAUAAGAAACAAAGUUCAGACAAUAAAAAGAUGCAAAAAAAAGAGAACUUAAAAAAGUGCUUUCUUGAGGAAUUUCUGUGAUUCUCCAGUGAGAUCUUUAAAAAAAAAGUCCCUUCAGGCCGGGAAUUCUAGGAAAAAUAAAGGGGAAAACAGCACGAGAAGAUUCCUUGAGAUAUUUAGAAAUAUUAUAUUAUAUUUUUUAUAGUAAAACUAUAUGAUAACGAGAAAGAAUUUUACUUAUUAAAGAUGUAUUUGAGUAAAAUACAAAAAAAAAUUGGCAUAUAAGAUUUUAACGAUUCGUACUCUUAAGAAAAUAAUUAUACAAAAAAAAAUGGUAGUUAUAGUGAAAAAUGAGAUGAGAUAUAAUCGUAUUAAAACUGACCUAAAGUAGAUUUAGAGCGAUGCCAGAAGAGAGGGAGAUACUUGAAGAAAUAAAGAAAAAUAAGCAAAUUGCA